AUGCUUUUCGUGAGUCUCAUUCAAACUAACUGCAACUUAUGGAAAUGGAAAAGGGAACUCCAGCGCAUACAGAGUGGGCGCUGUGACUCCAAGCCGCCUCGGAUUCGAGUCCAGCGCGGGGCGGUGCACGCGAGCAUCCCUGUUUCGAGGAGAGAGGUUUUGUACGCGCUUGUGUCAGCGCUUCUGGUGCCGCAUACGGGCGGGAUUCAAAGUCGCCCGUUCAGUGCGGAGCUCGUGCUCGCAGCUGAAACCAUGCAGGAUGGUGUAUCAAGCGCCACUGGUACGACGGCGUUUGCCGGGCCUCGAGCGGACGCUGUGUACAGCGCUCCCGGCGCCAGGGGCGUGCAGUUCCGCUACCCCAGUCGUUGGCGAAUCCGAAUGAAACCAAUAAAAACACACGCCUUUGAGGUUCUUGUGGUGAGUGACACCGACGCCAACACGUCCAUAGGUGUCGUCAGUGACGCGGUACGUAUCAGCCGCGUGGAGGACUUCGGCUCGGCUACGGAUAUCGGCGAGCGCGUUAUUGAUUUGGAGAGAAAGAAAGAUGGGGUACUUUCUGCUGGACUCGUACGCACCGCCCAAUCCGUAAGCGAAAACGACGAGCAACCCCUAACCUACUAUCUGUGUGAGUAUCGGGUGAACUCUACUCGAGGCGGGGAGCGGCACUAUGCUGCGAAGGUGACGAUCGCGAACGGCCAGCUCUAUGUCAUGACAGUACAAUGCAAAGAAAGUCAAUGGGUCAUGUAUGAACCUCUCUUCAAAGAGGUCUUGGACUCGUUCCAAGUGCGGGCUUCACAAACCUAA